AUGCAGUGUGGCAAGGUAGCUUCAUAUCUCGAUGUGACUCGAAAGCUUCGAUCUUUUCUGCAACCAUGGGUGGCUCAGCAUGUCACCACAGACACUCCUCUCAUCCUCCAGAUCCAGAAUUACCAGCAUAGGUUCUUGGAUGCUUUCUUCUCUGGCUUGUCCUGUGUUGUUUCUGUGCCCUUUUAUACUGCCUUUCUUCCUUUGCUUUUCUGGAGUGGGCAUGGAAAAUUGGCUAGACAAAUGACCCUGUUGAUGGCUUUCUGUGAUUAUAUGGGGAACUGUAUAAAGGAUGUGGUAUCAGCUCCUAGACCUAGUUGUCCACCUGUUAGAAGAAUAACCGCUACAAAAGAUGAGGAAGAUAAUGCAUUGGAAUAUGGAUUGCCAUCUUCUCACACUCUAAACACAGUUUGCUUGUCCGGAUACCUUUUGCAUUACAUCCUAUCAUAUACUCAGAAUGAAGAUUCCCAUGUUAAGUUUGCUGGAUUCGCUCUUGUUUGCUUGCUUGUGGGUCUCAUUGGUUUAGGAAGGAUUUAUCUCGGCAUGCACAGUGUGGUUGAUAUCAUAGGUGGGCUUGCUAUUGGAUUGGUGAUCCUUAGGUUCUGGCUCAGUGUUCAUGAAUAUGUUGACAAUUUUAUAGUCUUGGGACAAAAUGUUACAUACUUUUGGGCCGCCCUGAGCUUCAUAUUGCUCUUUGCUUAUCCAACUCCUGAAUUUCCAACUCCAAGUUUUGAGUACCACACAGCCUUCAAUGGUGUUGCAUUAGGAAUUGUAUCUGGGGUCCAGCAGACAUACCAUCAGUUUCACCAUGAAGCUGUUCCACGUGUAUUUACGUCACAAUUAACAAUCCCUGGCUUUAUGGGAAGAAUGCUUGUGGGGAUACCGACAAUACUUAUUGUGAAGUUCUGCAGUAAAGCUCUUGCUAAAUGGAUUCUUCCAGUGCUAGCUAACACCUUGGGCAUUUCAAUAAAAUCCUCCACUUACAUUGCGUCGCUAAAGGGUUCAAGUAAUGGGAAAAAAUCAGAUGGGUUGAAGCAAUCAGGUUAUGUCCAAAAGCUGUUCUUUUUCUCCAGCCAAGACUCAUUUGAUGUUGAUACUGGUAUACGAUUCCUCCAGUAUGCGGGCCUGGCAUGGUCUGUGGUAGAUCUUGUUCCCUCCUUUUUUGCUCAUUUAAGCUUGUAA